AUGUCUGACCGGGACUGGCCUUCGCUUCAAGUUCACCACGACGGCAACGCAGAUCCUCAACCAAACGUAGCUAAACCGCUCCCAAAAAUUAAGCCUCCGGACCCGACCCAUUUGUCCACGGAAAAAGAAGCAAGUGACCGGAAGCAAAGUUCUUGCCGCCAAAAAAAUAAAUGGAAAACGGUGCCUUUAGAUUAUACAUAUUCGAAAGAACCAACCAAUGACUCAAAGCCUCUCACUGAGGCAAAGUCGAAUAAGCUUGAAUACGGAAAAUUGAGUUCUACGUCUCGCAAUUCAGCCACGGAUGCCUCCAGUUGUCCGACCGUUUCAAAGUCCAGAAAUUUCGUGCGCACCCCUAGGAGUCAGCGGAUUUCGAAACGUCUGCCAAGACGUCCCCCACCAACAAGUAACUUAUCUACGGCCUGUGUCUCAGCGAAUUCCACUAGUAUUAAGUCUCACCCAAGUGGUUUGACUAGAAAGGUGGACAGGUUUCGAAGCCAGCCGCAGCUUGCCGCAUUACCUCCUAUUUUGCCGUAUUCGUUUUAUCCUCAAGCCAAUGGCACGCUCCAACUACCAGCACACCCUUUUGGAUAUCCAAUUGUGAUGAUAUAUGCGCCCCCCGAGAACUACAUAGGUUCGGACCCUGUUACCACACCACUGUUCUCCUGUGCUUCUCCCGAGUCAAACGACCAAAACGUCAUCAAUUCUGUUCAAUCUCCUGGUACCCAAACGUGGAUACCUACGACCGUCGAUUCCACAAAGCCUAGUGAAACCGCUUCCACACCGGUUGGUGUUAGCACUGCUUCGAUCUAUUUGCAACCUCCCGGAGUUUUGCACCUCUGCCCACCACUGUCCCCCGUGAAUGCCGAAUGCGCCCUCCAAUCCCAGAUUCUGCAUCAAAUUGAAUUCUACUUUAGCGAAAAUAACCUUGUCAGAGACACGUUCCUUCGACGGCAUAUGGAUUCUUCUGGCUGGGUUCCGAUUUCUGUUAUCGCAAAGUUUAACCGGGUUGCUUCGCUUUCUACUGAUUUGAACAAAAUAAUCAAGGCCCUUUUGCCUAGUCAAGUGGUCGAGGUAGAUACGUCGGGAAUGCGUGUCCGUUGCCGGGAUCGUCCGACGCACUGGGUUAUUCGGAGCAAAACACAAAAUUUUGAGGAAAACCGCCGAGUUGUCAAUGUUUCAACCGACAAGUCAGAGGAUAAAUGUUCGGACUCAGGCCAUCGGACUCCAGUUUUUCCUUUAAAUCCUGAUGCCCCUGAAUUCGUUCCCUCUGCUGGACUUCAGGCACAUCAAAGAAAGGCCAACGCUUUCGGUGAUGGCCAGAGACCUGACGUGUCACUUAAGCCUUCUGUAGUUGAGGACCAAGUGGAGGGUGAGGGACCUUUCGCAUUUGAAGAGUUUAAUUCAAAUGCGUCUGCUCCCACUUCCCCCGAACACCGAGAAACUCGGGUUCAAAUUGAGGACAAACGGCGAACCCGCCAAAUUUCUGCGGAAGAGGAUAUUGACGACACGAUGCUUUCACACCUACUAGUCGUUGCUCCAUCUCUUUGCCCCUCUGUCUUUCCUUCUCGUUCCAACAUUGCUGGCAACACUCGUGAUCUGUCUUCUCAAGAUUUCGUCGCUGAAACAGAGAUUUCUCGUUCGUUACCAGAAGACGGUAUGCUGGAUGAUAUUAAUUCGCAGCUUAUUCAGCUCGCGAACGAGUUUUGUCCGCCUUCCACCUCCGUCAAUGGCUCAGAGAAGACUGGCAUGUUGACAACAGGGACUUCCGAGGUAGUCGACUCCGUGAAUCCGGAAGGCGUUGCAGCCGAGGCAACGCCCGCGUCUUUUGAGAAUCUUAUUCCAGCAACAGGAGUUGCGUCUUCACUUUCCACACCAACUGGCACAUCAGCAUCGUUGCUGGGCAAUGUACCGACAUCGACAGCUCCUCCUUUCAUCCCAUCAGGAGCCACUUUGUUGCCUGCCGUGCUCGCUUAUCCCACAUCCUACUUGCCACCCGCCUCAGCUCUGCCUCACGGUGCAUGUGGUCGGGGAUCUAGAUUUCCACAGCCCCCAACUGCUGCUCCUCUUCUUUGCCCACCCCCCUGGAUUCCCAUGCCUCAGUUUUUCCAGCCAAUCGUCAACGGUUUUGGCACCUCCACUUCGACCCAAUCCAUUCUCUCUCCUUGUUCCGCUCAGCCAGAAAAAACCGGCUCAAAUUUAUCUGAUCCGACGAAUUCCUCCCCGUCUCCUACUUCACUGUCCACUGGAACUAAGGCCACCUCCUCUUCCGCAGAUAGACCGAUUGUUACUUGUUCACCAGGUGUCCCGACCACCACCCCCGUCGUCAUCUCACCUGCUGCCCCUGGAUUUUUUCUGUACUCCGCUGGAGCAAAUGGUGAGUUCCAUGCUCUCCCUGUUGCUCCACUUAAUCCAUCUACGGGUGCUCCUGUUUCCGGAACUGCUACUGGAUUAAUCAACUCUGCUUUCGUGGGGUUGCCAAGACCACUCUUACCCCAGCAACCUUUGCCAUUUCCUCCUACUGGAUUGGAUGAAAAUUCGAAGAUUGUCACUGAAGCAACCCCCGUCACCUUUAAGAGCAAAAAACCAACUCCCUCUGGCUUCUUCCCUGGUCAUUACGAGGCACGGCGUCCCGCGCACGUUGGGCCGCACCAGACUCAUCGUUACAGGACGGUGUCCACUGGAGCGACAACUUCUCAUAGCUCAGAACCUCAUGUUGGUUUCCUUUUUACUGGAAUGGGCGAGGGUAAAAGGCUGCGAACGGUCUCUGAGUGCAGUUACGGUCUCGAGAGACGUUUUCGAUCAGAUCUCUUUAAGGACUUUGAGGAUGAAACUCUGGUAGACUAUGAAGCAGGACAUCUGUACGGGUUGGAGAAGUUUUGGGCUUACCUUCAUUACAGCAAAAACACGAUUGAGGUUAACCCAAAGCUGUCUGAAAUAUUAAAGAAAUACAAAACCUUGGAGGAUUUCCGUGCAAAUUUUCAGCCACCUGAUGGGUUUUUCGUGGCUCGUGCUCGUCGCAGAACUCAAUCAGAGAUUAUCACAAGUAGUAACUAUCUUUGUGGUGUCGCUGAUUCCCCGAGUCAAAGACUUUCAGAUCUGCCUGCAGGUGGAUCUUCAAAGGAAAAUUCGUCUGACUCCGAGACUGACUGCGCAAACAAGCAAAAAACUGAAAAAAAGUCAACCGGAGAAGGUUUAUUUGCGGUGAUCCAAUCGCCAAAGUUAUCAAACGCCAGUUUGUCUCCCUCUCUUCACUUACCGAAAAAGCGGACCGAAUCUUCAAGUGAAACCGUUGCUCCAGCCAAAGCAAGUACUGAAGGCUCAAAGUCGUAA